CUCGGCCGCCGGCCCAGUUAACCGGCUGUGUGGGUCCCGGGCGCCAUGGCUUCUGUGGGGGUGUCUGUCGGCCGGCAGGCCGAGGAUGCACUGCAGCCACCCGCAGAGCCGCCGCUGCCUGAGACGAAGCCGCUGCCGCCUCCGCAGCCGCCGCCGCCGGUCUCCGCGCCGCAGCCGCAACCGCCGCCGAGGCCUCCGUCCCCUGCCGGCGUGAAGGCGGAGGAGAACUGCUCCUUCCUCCCUCUGGUUCACAACAUCAUCAAAUGCAUGGACAAGGACAGCCCUGAUGUCCACCAGGACCUGAACGCCCUCAAGACCAAGUUCCAGGAGAUGCGCAAGGUGGUCGGCGCCAUGCCUGGCAUCCACGUGAGCCCCGAGCGGCAGCAGCAGCAGCUGCACCGCCUCCGCGAGCAGGUCCGGACCAAGAACGAGCUCCUGCAGAAGUACAGGAGCCUGUGCAUGUUCGAGAUCCCCAAGGAGUAGAUGAGCCGGCCUCCGGGACGAGGCGGGCUCGGGCCCCCGUCUUCCAGCCCUGUGGAGGGGGUCUCUGCCACUGCCUGCUUGGCUGAACGUGGGCCUGACUGCGGAGCCGCUGUGCGUGCCGGCUUCCCCGGGCGUCCCUGUGUACUGUCGCCGCGCUCCAGAUGCAUAAUGACUGCGCGCCUGCUGCCGGAAGGAGGAGGGCUCCUGAGGCCG